AUCAAUCACCACGAACUUACCAUUCACAAUGCGGCCGCUAGAACGGAGGAGUAGGUUGGAGGCAGGAUUUGUUUCUGAAGGGAAUAGUUGAAAGGUCAAAGAUUUAGGCAUCAUGGCGUCUACUAAACGUGUUGUUUAUGUUGGCGGACUUGCAGAAGAGGUAGAUGAGAAGGUGCUCCAUGCUGCUUUCAUUCCUUUUGGGGAUAUCAUGGACAUUCAGAUUCCACUGGACUAUGAAACUGAAAAGCACCGUGGGUUUGCCUUUGUUGAGUUUGAAAAUGCAGAGGAUGCUGCAGCUGCAAUAGAUAACAUGAAUGAAUCUGAACUCUUUGGAAGAACAAUCAGAGUGAACUUGGCCAAACCUAUGAGGAUAAAAGAAGGUUCUUCCAGACCUGUUUGGUCAGAUGAUGACUGGCUGAAGAAGUUUUCAGGGAAGACUGUAGAAGAAGAAAAGAAUGAAGAACAUAGCAGUGAAGCAGAGAAAUCUGAAACAACACAAGAGGGGGAACCACCUGCAAAGAAAUCAAGAGGAAAUCCUCAGGUUUAUAUGGACAUCAAAAUUGGAAACAAACCAGCAGGCAGAAUCUGCAUUUUGUUGCGUAAUGACAUUGUACCAAUGACAGCUGAGAAUUUUCGGUGUCUCUGUACCCAUGAGAAAGGCUUUGGAUACAAAGGAAGCAGCUUUCACCGCGUUAUUCCACAAUUCAUGUGCCAGGGAGGGGACUUCACUAACCACAAUGGUACUGGUGGAAAAUCCAUCUAUGGCAAGAAAUUUGCAGAUGAAAACUUCAUCCUAAAACACACAUCGGCAGGUAUUUUGUCCAUGGCAAAUUCUGGCCCCAACACCAAUGGCUCUCAGUUCUUUAUCACGUGUGAUAAAACUUACUGGCUGGAUGGAAAGCACGUAGUAUUCGGCGAGGUGAUGGAAGGGAUGGAUGUUGUCAAGCAGAUUGAGGCUCAAGGAACAAAGGAUGGGAAACCCAAACAAAAAGUGAUAAUUUCAGAUUGUGGAGAGUAUGUCUGACCGUCAAGAAGAAAUAUAGGAUAGUGACCUUGAAGAUCCAUGAGACACAAGUAAACUUGUGUGAAUAGCGGGUGGCUCAAAUUUUAGUAAAAUAGAAGCAACCUGUGGCACAAGGAUAAAUGAGGACACCCUUCUUUUUGUGGACCAUUUUGGGGAAGUUUACACCUUGCUCUUCAUAUACAGAGAGAAUUGUAUGGUCAUCCUACAGUGUGCUAACAUAACACUUUCCAUCAUGGAUGGAGUAAAGUUCACAUUUUGUAUGAAAUAUAUGGAGAUGUUACACCUGGACUACUUUUUUUCAUGUGUGUUGCAACCAUUCUGCUUUGUAAAAUAAAAUGUGGCAAAACUGUAACCUAACACUGUUUGAUAAGUUAUGCUUUUCUGCUGAGCUCAGUAAUGUUCACCAACUUGUUUCAGCAAAGUAGAAGAGAAACGAUAAAAGCAGCAACUGUGCAUGUGUGCAGGUCGUGUUAUGAGCAGUUUUCUUCACCAAAGUUCAGUUUGACUGUGAGCUUAACAUGAUUAUGUUUUCAAGGUCUACUUGCAUGAAGGCAGUUGUAUUUUCAUCUGCCCUUUUUGCAUAUUCUUUUUUAUGUAAUAUAACUGUAGAUAGUACUGCCAAAAUGCUGUAUAUUUGAGAAAACAUGACAUUUGUUAAUAAAAUAUAAAAAAUGUAUGUAAAAUUUU